AUGGCUUCUCCCCUGUUACUGCUGUUGCUCAUGCUCAUGAUCCUCUGUAUGUCACAUCCAUCAUGCCAAAUGGUGCUUCUGCCACUAACUCACUCUCUUUCCAAAGCCCAAUUCAACAGUACCCACCACCUCCUCAAAUCCACCUCCACCCGUUCAGCAGCCCGAUUCCGGCACCAUCGCCAACUCUCGCUCCCACUCUCCCCAGGCAGCGACUACACUCUCUCUUUCAACCUGGGCCCCCAAGCCCAGGCCCAGCCCAUUACACUCUACAUGGACACAGGCAGCGACCUCGUCUGGUUCCCAUGCGCCCCUUUCAAAUGCAUCCUCUGCGAAGGCAAACCCAGCCUCUCUCUUUCUUCUCCCACCAACAUAUCCCAAAGUAUCGCCGUUUCGUGCAAGUCCUCUGCAUGCUCCGCAGCACACAACUCGAUCCCUUCCUCCGAUCUCUGCGCAAUGGCUCGUUGCCCUCUCGAAUCCAUUGAAACCUCCGAUUGCGCUUCUUUCUCGUGUCCACCGUUUUACUAUGCCUAUGGUGAUGGAAGCUUAAUAGCUCGUCUUUAUCGUGAUACACUUUCCCUCUCUUCUCUGUUUCUCAAAAACUUCACAUUCGGUUGCGCCCACACCACCCUCGCCGAACCCAUUGGAGUCGCCGGCUUCGGUCGCGGCUUGCUCUCUUUCCCGGCCCAGCUUGCUACUCAAGCUCCUCAGCUCGGAAACCGGUUCUCUUAUUGCUUGGUUUCUCACUCGUUCGACUCGGAACGAGUUCGCCGACCGAGUCCGCUUAUUCUUGGCCGUUAUGAUGAUAAAGAAAAGAAGGAUGGUGAUGGUGGGGAAAUGGUUGAGUUUGCGUACACGCCUAUGCUUGAAAACCCGAAGCAUCCUUAUUUCUACUGUGUUGGACUCGAUGGGAUUUCCGUGGGAAAAAGAACAAUACCGGCGCCGGAAAUGCUGAGGAGAGUGAACCGAAGAGGCGACGGCGGCGUGGUGGUGGAUUCCGGCACGACGUUCACGAUGUUGCCAGCAGGGUUUUACGACUCGGUGGUGGCUGAGUUCGACGGCCGAGUCGGGCGAGAGAACGAGCGGGCGCGUCGAGUUGAGGAGAAAACGGGACUCGCGCCGUGCUAUUAUUUGAACGCGAUGGUGAAAGUGCCGGCGGUGACGCUGCGUUUCGCGGGAGGAAAUUCCAGUGUGGUGCUGCCUAGGAAAAACUUUUUUUACGAGUUUUUGGACGGUGGUGAUGGAACGAGAAGGAAGCGGAGAGUGGGCUGUUUGAUGCUGAUGAACGGUGGAGAUGAGGCUGAGUUGAGCGGUGGGCCCGGGGCCACUCUUGGGAAUUACCAGCAGCAGGGAUUUGAAGUUGUGUAUGACCUGGAAGAGAAGCGCGUGGGUUUCGCCAGGAGGCAGUGCGCGUCGCUUUGGGAUAAACUCAAUCGCGACAAAAACUAG